AUGGCUUAUAACAACUCAACACAAUCUGGAGGGUUAGGGUCAUUGAAACAGAUCUCUCACAAGGUCAUAAUUGUACAGGUUCUGAUUGCAAUUUUUCUGUACCUCAACUGUCUGCUCCUCACAACCUUUUUCAAGAAGGACGUUUUCCGCUCCAGCAUGCGCUACAUCUUCUUUGCCUAUACCCUGAUGUCGGACUGCCUGUACCUAAUGGUGACUGACAUUCUGCUACUAUUGACGUUUAAUCAAAUUGUCAUGCAAAUUUGGCUCUGUAUUCUCUUCCUAAUAGUGGGGACUGCAUACAAUUUAAUAUUUCCUUUAACACUGACAUUGAUGACUCUUGAGCGUUAUGUGGCCAUAUGCAUGCCUAUGCAGCAUGGAGCCUUAUGCACCCAGCGCAACGCUUUGCACUAUAUUCUGAUAGUCAAUGCUAUCAGCCUCUUACCCAUCAGCAUCUCUCUCUUGAUCUACUCGGCCUCAGUGCCUGUCAGCAUGUUAUCAGAGGAUUCGGUGUGCACGGUUGAAAUGCUCAUCAUUCACAGAUGGCAGAGUCAUUACUGGUCGGCCAUAAUUCAGUUAUACUUUGUCAUCAUGUUUGUCAUCGUUAUGUUCUGUUAUGUUCAAAUCUUAAAAGCAGCCAGGAAAGCAUCAGGAGAGUCUAAGAAAUCCUCAGGGAAGGGACUCAGAACGGUACUCCUUCAUGGCUUUCAGCUCCUUCUCUGCCUUACUGGGCUGUGGUGCCCUUUGGUUGAAGCUGCUGUGGUGCAGAUUGAUCUUAUUCUAUUUAUUAAUGUAAGAUACAUCAAUUACAUAGUGUUUACUCUUGCCCCGAGAUGUCUAAGUUCCCUUGUUUAUGGCCUCAGGGACCGAAGGUUAUUUGUAAUUUUCAAAUAUUAUGCUGUGUUUGGUUUUUGUAACAAAGCAUCUCCUGAUUUGCCAGAUUGA